AUGUUUAGAUUUCAUCGCAUACCCAAAUAUUUCCUAUCUCUCCACGAGUAUUAAACAGCAGAAUUUUUCAAAUCGUUUUAACUUCCCAUCCCUCCUGGAAAGAUUUGCAAGACCCCAGAUGAAGCUUACAAGGCGGCUAUAAAAAUCAUUCAAGAGGGAUCAGAAAGAAAUUCCUUCACAGAUUUGGUUGUGAAGGCUUAAUGUCACACUGGUGGAAGAGGGAAAGGAUAUUUCAAAGAGAAUGGAUUUAAUAGUGGAAUUCACAUAGUGUCAAAUCCUGAAGAUGUAAAGGAAUACGCUAGUAAAAUGUUGGGAAACACUCUGAUAACCAAAUAAACAGGAAGUUUGGGAAAGAAGUGUGAGAUGGUUUACGUAGUCGAAAGAAAUUUCCUAAGAAAAGAAUUGUAUUUGUCAAUUCUCUUGGACAGAAAUACAGGAGGCUUAGGGAUUGUGGCUUCAGAAAAGGGAGGCAUACACAUAGAGGAGAGUGAUCCUAAUUAUAUCAAGAAAUUCUCAAUUGAAAUGCCAAACAAUGUAGAUGAAAUUGACUUUUCCAUUUAUGAAAAUGUGUCAAAAGUCUAUAAAUUGAAUCCCAUAUAGCAUAAUCAGAUGAAAGAUAUUUUGAAGAAAAUGUUCGAUAUCUUUUUAUAAACUGAUGCCACAUUGUUAGAGAUAAAUCCACUUGGAAUCGAUUUGUAAGGAAAUUUGAUUAUUUGUGAUCAAAAACUUAACAUCGAUGAUAACUCACAAUUUAGACAACAUGCUAUCUUUCACAUGGAAGAUGUUAGAUAAAAAGAUUGGAAAGAAGUAGAAGCAUAGAAACAUGGAUUGAAUUAUAUUGCUUUAGAUGGAAACAUAGGUUGUAUGGUUAAUGGAGCAGGAUUGGCUAUGGCUACAAUGGAUUUGAUUAAAUAAUAUGAAGGAUCACCUGCUAACUUUUUGGAUGUUGGUGGUAAAGCCACUGAUUAGGAAAUUGUAUCUGCACUGAAAAUUAUGGAUAAAGAUCCUAAUGUUGAAGCCAUUCUUGUUAAUAUCUUUGCUGGUAUUGCAAGGUGUGAUUAAAUAGUUUUGGGAUUACUAAAGGGAUUGACAGUUUUAGGAAUGAAAAAGCCAAUGGUGUUGAGAAUGAAGGGAACAAAAGUUGAGGAAGCAAAGAAAUUGAUUGACGAAUCAGGAUUCAACAUGAUAUUUACUGAAGAUCUAGACGAAGCUGCUAAGAAGGCUGUUAGAAUGGCAGCAAUAUUAAGAUUAGCAAAGGAAGCAAAUAUAAAUGUGAAUUUAACAAGUUGAUAUAACUUCAUUUUCAU